AUAGGGCGGCGUCAGCAUCAGGUUGCAGAUAAGGCAACCAUCAAUCAUUAGUGAAAAGCCUAAUGAAGAACGUCCCUCAUGCAAGCCAAUAUUGGAAUGUAUUAGGCUGGAGUCUUGGACCGGCCUGUUGUGGUCACUUGGCCCGCCCGGCUCGAGUCUGGAUGAGGCGCGAAUCUAGGGUCUCAGCCUGAUCAUAAACUUAGGGAGGGGAACUAACACUGCUUAUUUGAAGGGUGUAGCCGCGUCUGUAUCACGUGCAAGGUCCACUACGUUACCGCGAUCGGACAUCUUUCCAGCUCUUAGCUCUCUCUUCUCUAAGGACUCAGCCUGAUCACUACGAAGCUGGAAUCUCUGUUCGAUUUUCUAGUUUCGCAAAAGGUUCUUCCUCAACCUUCUUAUCUCUAGUGUCUUCACGAUUAUCGACAUAAGCUUCGGACCUCUUUCCUGGCGUUCAUCUUAGAGCCUUAGCAUGUUCACGGCAGGCUUGGCUAGUAGGCCUAAGCUCAUUGAUGAUGCGUCGUCAUUCCACGACGACGACGAUUUCAUGGUCAUCGGAAUCGACUUUGGGACGACAUACUCUGGCGCUGCAUGGGCGACUGGAGAAGAUUUCGCAAGCGACCAAAUCAACCUAGUCACCAGCUGGCCAGGGACCGGCCUAGAAGAGGGUAAAGUCCCCACAGAACUAUUCUACGAGCACAAUGAAAUCAUGUGGGGAUACGAAAUUCCCCUUGAUGCCGAUCCUGUGCGCUGGUUCAAGCUUCUCCUGCUGAAGGACGAGGAUCUGGACGAGGAAAUGCGCUACAACGAGUUCAUCCUACGUGGACGCAAGAUGCUGAAGGAGAACGGCAAAACCGCUAUUGACUUUAUUUCUGACUUCCUUCACGCCAUCUGGAUACACGUUCUCGAGACUGUCAAGAAAGCACAUGGAGAGACGGUAAUAGAUGCCUUGGCUUUCCACGUCGUCAUUACAGUGCCGGCAAUUUGGAAAGGGUAUGCAAGACAGGGAAUGGAGGAAGCUGCGAAGAAGGCUGGGAUUCUGGACCGGAGAGCUGCUGGGGCUACAACUUUGACUUUUGCUCCUGAGCCUGAGGCGGCUGCUUUAUCCACCCUUUGUGAGCCUGGGCGUAAGGCGAAGACUGGUGAGGUCUAUAUGAUCUGCGACGCUGGAGGUGGUACUGUUGAUCUUAUCAGUUAUAAGAUUGGAGGAGUCAACCCAAUGAAAUUGGACGAAGCCGCUGAAGGAACAGGUGGUCUCUGUGGUGGCAUCUUCAUCGACGAAACGUUCGAGAGAAUGUGCAAAGCUCGGCUUGGCCGGAAAUGGGACCACCUGAGCAAGGCUGGAAUUAAGGAGAUUAUGAAGGGAGAAUGGGAACACGCCAUCAAGCCACAGUUCAUGCCUGGAAAUAGGACGAAAGAAUACAUCGUUAGGAUCCCGGCCGAAGCUUUCGGUAAGUCGAGCCUGGAUGAUACUAGCCGACAACCAUUCAUCAAGAAUGGACGUAUUCAUUUUAGCAGCCCGCACAUCCAAUGGGUCUUCACCGAGACCUUCUCUGGCAUUGAUGCUCUUGUAGAUGAGCAACUCCGAAAAGCGGCCAAGCAGGGCCUAAAACUCUCUGGUAUCAUUCUUGUCGGGGGCCUAGGCGCAAGCCCCUAUUUGUAUGAGCAUCUGAAGAAGAAGCACGCGAAAGACGGCAUCGAUAUCUUGCAAUCAGUUGGAAUGAGACCCCGAACUGCCAUUUGCCGCGGCGCCGUUAUCAAAGGGUUUAUUGAUGGGUGUAGCGCUGUAGAUACCUCCGGACUAGACUCCAUGACCAUAAGUCCCAUCCAGGUGACGUCAACAGUGUCUAGAUUCAGCCUGGGCAUGAAAAUUGGGAUUCCCUUUGAUGAGAACAAACAUCUCCAAAAGGACAAGGAAUGGAGCAUCGUGGAAGAAAAGUGGAUGGAGUAUAAUCAGAUGCAAUGGUUUCUGAAGAAGGGAGAAAUUACGUCAAAGAAAGAUCCUAUCCGUUUCUCCUUCUAUGAAGCCUAUGAAAGAGAUCCAGAGGGGUUCUCCCGACUCCAAUUGUAUCAAUGCAAGGACGAGGUUCCGCCAAGUCGUCGCACUUCGAGCGUAACGGAGUUGUGCCAGGUUAGCCGUUCGAUUGACGUCCCCUUCUCCGCCUUCACGACCGUCAUAAACUCCUGCGGCGAGAGUAUCAAGAAAAUCUCGUGGGAGGUUGAGGUGGUUCCCUCUGGAGCAGCAGUGGAAUUUGCGUUCUAUAUCGACGGCAGGAAACAACAAGCGCAGAACGCGCUGGUCCAUUUUCAGUAGAGGAUCGCUCUGCCAUUGAUCCGAAGGAGCUUUCUUUCCCUGUCCGAUCCGCAGGGCAUCCGAGGGCUGUGUAACUUCUGGACCAUUCUUCUAAGGCGUUAAUGGAAAUGUUUUGGGAGUGCCACUAGCCUUGUGGAGGUACUGGGGCAAGCUAGACGGUGUCUCCAGAUCCCGGUAUCUCAUCUCGUACCUCCCAACUCUAUCUUUCAUGCAACGCCGUUUGUCUUCUAUCUUGA